GUGAGAAUUUUUUUUGUCUUUUUCGAGUAUUUGCUCUAGGUUUCUCGAUCUUAUAUAUAUGUCCUCUAGUUCUGGAGUCUUCAUUGAAUUUGAAGAAUUUAGAAGUCUCUUGAUCGUCAGUCCCUUGAGUUAUUCGGAACACUUGGAUAAGAUCUGCUCUGUGACGUCGGUAAGAUAAUGAAGUAGUCCAUUUGAUUGGGUUCUCUUUCUGAAAUGAACGAGGGAGAUUGCAAUAUUGUGUUGGAGGUGUUGACGAGAGCCACCAGUCAGGAUGCAAGUAUACUGAAGCCGGCUGAACAACAGCUGAAACAAUGGGAAACACAACCAGGUUUCCACUCUAUUCUGCAGACAAUAAUUCAGAAUCACAAUAUUGGAGUUAAUGUUAGAUGGAUGGCAGUGCUUUUCUUCAAGAAUGGAAUUGACAGAUACUGGAGAAGGACUGCUACAAAUGCCAUCUCAGACACAGAAAAAGAGGGCAUACGAGCCAAGCUGAUUGCUCGCUUCGAUGAACCUGUUGCUCCUAUAGCUACUCAGCUGUCGGUCCUCAUCGGCAAGAUAGCACGCUUGGACUGUCCUAAGCUGUGGCCCGAGCUUGUCCCUACGCUCCUUGAUGCUAUCAAGCAACCCGAUCUCCUGUAUCAACAGAGAGCACUGUUGACAUUACAUCAUGUAAAUAAGACUCUAGCAUCCAGGAGGCUUGCGACAGAUAGAAAGCUGUUUCAAGAGUUGACAAGUAACAUAUUUGGUUUUGUGCUAAAUCUAUGGAAUACCUACCAUGAGAAAUUCCUCCAAGCAGCUAAUGCAGAGGAUCCUACUGCCAUGGCCACAGCACUCGAACUCAGUGUCCUUGCACUUAAAGUUCUUAGGAAGCAGUUGGUGUUUGGCACAACAGAACCGGGCAAGUCACAGGAAGCGAUGAUGCUGAUUCAGUUGAUUUUCCAGAGGAUACGUUCCUUCUUAGAAAUGAGAGUACGGCUUCCAGCUAAUCACACACUCCGGGAGAAAUUGGAGAAAAUGGCAAUUUUGCACACAAAAAUUCUAAUUGACUGUCAGGAGAGCUUUCCUCUGGCCUACAUUGAUUUCAUCAGCAGCUCCUUGGAACUAUGCACAUCCUGCGUGUUCUCUGAUGAGAACAGACACCUCUUGUUUGAACGCUUCCAGGUUCAGUGCAUGAACCUCAUCAAAGCGAUCGUCCGGUGUGAGAAGUACAAGGAACGGACCGGUCCAGAUGAGGAGCCGGAUCCUGUGACCGUCAAGGCUGAAGGGGCAAUGAAGGGAUUCUUCACUGAGAGCAUUGUCACAGAGAUAUGCCAAAGGCUGAUUAUGCAGUACUUUCCUUUAGGACAAGAGGAUCUAGAACUUUGGGAAUCUGACCCUGAAGGCUUUGUGGCAGAUGAGAGUGGUGAAUCAUGGAAAUUCAGCUUAAGGCCUUGCACAGAGACUUUAUUCAUCACCCUUUUCCAUGCCAACAAACCAGUUUUCAUCCCAGUUCUCAUUCAGAUGGUUCAGAAAGUUCAAGAUGCCUGUGAUACAGAAGACAUGCAGGUGCUUUUACAAAAGGAAGCUGUGUACAAUGCGAUAGGUCAGGCAGCCUUUGAGCUUUUUGAUGAUGUUGACUUUGAUCAGUGGUUCACCUCCCAUCUCAUUAAAGAACUUCAAAACAAACAUCCAAGAUACAAGGUAAUCAGAAGAAGAGUAAUCUGGUUAGUUGGUCAGUGGAUAGGGGUAAAGCUAUCCCCCUCUCUUCAUCCUACAUUCUACGAAGCAGUCUUACCCCUCCUCUCAUCGGACGAAGAUCUGGUGGUCAGGAUAUCCGCCGCUCAAGCUCUCAAGACUGCUGUAGAUGAUUUUGAAUUCAAGACAGAAGCCUUCCUGCCAUAUCUAGAUUCCAGUUUUUCUAUGCUCUUUCAACUUCUACAAGAUGUAUCAGAAUGUGAUACAAAGAUGAGCAUUCUUCAUGUGAUGUCUUUCAUCAUUGAAAGGGUGGGGCCAGAGAUUCGCCCCUUCUCAAAUAAUCUUGCCCAGUACUUACCCCUCCUGUGGGAGGACUCCGCAGAGCAUAACAUGCUUCGAUGCGUCAUCCUCUCGACGCUCAUUCAUCUUGUUCAGGGCUUAGGACCACACAGUACCACCCUCUAUCCCUUCCUCCUACCUGUCAUCAAAAUCAGUACUGACACCUCAAAGCCUCCUCAUGUAUAUCUGAUGGAAGAUGGUGUGGACUUGUGGUAUGAUACGAUACAGAAUGCUCCUGCUAUGACACCAGAACUCCUUCAACUCUUCUCUAACAUGCCAGAAGUACUGGAAAUGGCCACAGAGAAUCUGAAGACAUGCUUGCAAAUCAUCAGUUCAUAUGUAGUACUCGGAAAGGAACAAUUCAUGCAGAGCCAUGGGCAAACUGUAGCAUCAUGUACAACUGGUAUAGUGUCAGAACUCAGAACAGAGGGUAUUGCUGCAGUACUCAAGACAAUUGAGACGGUCUUCAAGGUGUUCCCAAUGGAAGGACCUCGACUCUUUGAGUCUUACCUACCAACAGUGUUUGAAGAGAUCUUGAAUAAAGAUACCUACCCAAUGGUGAUGACCAUGCAUGUGUCUCUUCUCUCUCGGAUCAUCAUUAAGAAUCAAGACUAUUUCUUCUCCAUCCUUGAUGGCAUUGCCAAGAGCUGGAACACCACGCCCGAUGAGUUAUUGACCACCCUCAUACAGACCUGGGUUGACUGCAUGGACCAACUGGCCAUAGCAGAGCGUAGGAAACUGACCGGUCUAGCGUUUGCGGCGUUGAUGACCAGUUCGUCAAGGGCUGUCUUUGAAAGGUUACCAGACACUAUGUACAUCAUUGUUGAAGUACUUCAUGACGUUUGCAGAGAAGAGAGUGAUCAACAGAUAGACUUCCUUGUCAUGAGUGAAGACCAUAGUGAUGAAGUUCAAGAUGAAUAUGACACCCUGCAUGACAAGAGAAUGAGAGAGCUGUCAAGGCAAGACCCUGUCCACAACACGUCGUUCCCAGAAUACGUCAAGUUUCAGAUGUCACAGUGUGAGAGACUGCAUGGCCCUACUGUCUUCCAGCAAAUCAUGGACUCGAUUGAUGAAGAAGUCUUGCAACAGCUCAAAGGCUUUAUUUCAUGAUCUUUUCUAUAAUGGAGAGACCCGUCAUUAUCAUUGCUAGGUACAAAUGAAACAGAGUGACAUAUUGCCCAGCUGUCUUCCUGCAUAUCAUGGUGAGGAAGCUUUGCAACAAUGUCAAAGGCUUUAUUCUGUUCUGGCUCUGUGAGUACAUGGAAGAUGCUGCUAGGGAAAUAGGAAUAUUGUCACAGAACCUGACUGGGGAAUCAGAGACUUGAUUGAGGAGGAAGUUCUGCAACAGUGUC